UUUAGUUAUGGCUUAGUUAUGACACUUUAUAGGUUUUCGGUUUCCGCCAUUUUGUGGGCGUGGCAGUGGGCUGAUUUUGCCCAUCUUCGAACUUAACCUUCUUAUGGAGCCAAGGAAUACGUGUACCAAGUUUCAUCAUGAUAUCUCAAUUUUUACUCAAGUUACAGCUUGCACGGACGGACGGACAGACGGACGGACAGACAGACAUCCGGAUUUUGACUCUACUCGUCACCCUGAUCACUUUGGUAUAUAUAACCCUAUAUCUGACUCUUUUAGUUUUAGGACUUACAAACAACCGUUAUGUGAACAAAACUAUAAUACUCUCCUUAGCAACAUUGUUGCGAGAGUAUAAAAAGAAGCCAUUUUAAAAUGCGUGAAUAAUACAUACCAAGGACCGGGAAAAAGAAAAACUUUAAAAUCGUCAGAGCUUCCAGCUAUGGAAAAAAGUCUAUACCUUUGGUUCAUUCGGAUGCGCGGAAGGAAUUGUCCUGUAAGCGGAUUAAUGCUAAAAGAAAAGGCUAAGGAAUUGCAUUCCCUACUUAAAGAAAACUCGACCGGAUUCAAUGCUAGUGACGGAUGGCUCCAGAGAUUUAAGAAAAGAUACGGAGUUAGAUUGCUUAAAGUAUCUGGAGAAAAACUCUCAUCGCAGCCUCAAUUGGUUGAUCCAUUUAAGCUGAAACUAAAACAAAAAAUUGAGGAAAUGGAGUUAUGUAAUGACCAAUUGUAUAAUGCUGACGAAUCUGGUUUAUUCUGGAAGAUUUUGCCAGAUAAGACCUAUGUAUCAUCGCAUGAAAAACCUGCUCCAGGAACAAAGACGGAGAAGCAGCGUAUAACAUUUCUCUGUUGCGCAAAUGCAUCGGGUGCACAUAAACUUAAACUUUUAGUAAUUGGUAAGGCAAAAAAUCCACGCAGCUUUAAACACUUUCCCUACUGCCCUACGGAUUAUAAGAACUCGAAAUCAGCCUGGAUGACGUCUGCCAUUUUUAAACAUUGGUUCCAUCAAUCUUUUGUGCCACAGGUAAGAUUGUUUCUAAAGCGGAAGAACUUACCAAUAAAGGCACUACUACUUAUUGACAACGCUCCCUCUCAUCCAAGUGAAGCAGAAUUAAAAACUGAAGAUGGAAAUAUAAUUGACAUGUUUAUGCCGCCAAAUGUCACCCCUCUUAUCCAACCUAUGGAUCAAAAUGCGAUUAAAAUAACGAAGUUAUAUUACAGAAACAGUUUGUUGGCUUCAAUAGCAGCAAAAAACUUAGAUUUGCUUGAAUCAAUGAAAAAUGUAACGUUGAAAGAUGCUGUUACUCUUUUAUCUGUCGCAUGGGAUCGGGUCAGCACAGAAACUCUUGCCAAUUGUUGGAAAAACAUUUUAAGUUUAAUGGGAAACGAGGAGGACCCUGAAUAUAACAUUCCAUUAAAUAUCCUGAAAGACAAAUGGAGUGCAGAAAUAAACUCUUUAAUACGAAUGUCAGUUGAUCUUCUUCAGGACUUGAGUCUCCAGGUUGAGUUUACAUUGCCAAUGAUUCGAGAGUGGAACGAUGACCCUUGUGUUGAUGAUGCCACCGAAAUCCAUAAAAUCACCGAAAUCCAUGAAAUUGAAGAAAGUGACGAUGAUGAUUGUAUUGCCGAAGACCCCAUAAAGAAAAUUGCCGCAAGUGUGGCAGUUGAAAUCUUUAACAAGGCAUUGCAAUGGGCUGGAGAUGCAAUGGUUGAUCAAAGCGACAUGAGUGUACUUAGACGCUUAAGGGAGAAAGCAGUAUUUCAGCUAUUAGAAAGGAAAAACCAGCAGAAAAAGAUAACGGAUUUUUUUAAUGAAUAAAUCUAAUGUGAAAUUUUAUUCGCAAUUUAAUAUGUAUGUUCAUACCCAUGAACAUACUAAUGGCAAUAAUAAAAUACUUUUACAUUUAAAUGUGUAAAAAUCCUGAA